UGAUUGGGAUAGUCUAAGCAAUAAAGAUGAGCUUAGUGCGCUUCAGAGUGUUGCGUAAUCUAAAUCGCAGUGCCCUAGCUGGGUUUUGGAAAGAUUUGCCCCGAGCAACCGCUGUGAAUGGCAAUUCUUCAGCUGUCAACUUUCCGGCCGCCAUUAGAACGCUGAAAACACUUAACAACGGACACCGACUUCUAACCAAAGAACCACUCUCUGCAUUUACCCCAUCUCAACGGCUGUAUUCCUGUGAAAAUCUUGGUAAAACCAUGGAGGAGAACUGCGUUGUUCCGGACGUGAUUGCCAAGGCCCCGGCGCAGACCGCCGUGGUGGAAUAUCCCUGCGAUAUUGUGGUGAAGCCGGGUCAGGUCCUGACCCCCACCCAGGUGAAGGAUGAGCCGUGCGUCAAGUGGGAGGCGGAUGCCAACAAGCUCUACACGCUCUGCAUGACCGAUCCGGAUGCCCCAAGUCGGAAGGAUCCCAAGUUCCGGGAGUGGCACCACUGGCUGGUGGGUAACAUUCCCGGCGGCGAUGUCGCCAAGGGCGAGGUCCUGUCCGCCUACGUGGGAUCGGGUCCUCCUCCGGACACCGGACUCCAUCGCUACGUAUUCCUCAUCUACGAGCAGAAGUGCAAGCUCACCUUCGACGAGAAGAGGCUGCCCAACAACAGCGGAGAUGGACGAGGCGGCUUCAAGAUCGCCGAUUUCGCGAGGAAGUACGCUCUGGGCGAUCCCGUUGCCGGAAAUCUUUACCAGGCUGAGUACGAUGAUUAUGUGCCCAUACUCUACAAGCAGCUGGGUGCCUAAUUGCCAUACCAUAUACAUCAUGCUUAUAUAAGGCCAGUUGGAAUUGGAUUCUUAAUUUGCAAAUCUAUUGUAACCUAAAGCCUGAUCAAAAGACACUAUCGAACACAUUGUAAAACAUUGUUGCUGGCAAUAAAAUUGUUUAAACUAUCGACUGCAUAA